AAAACACAAUGCGUCGGACGACGCGCUUAACACGCUUUCAAAAAUUAAAUUGAGAUAACAACAAUUUUUACUAAAACAUUGUCGUAUACAGUGCCCCAUCAUGGCGACACUUGAAAGAUUGGUGAAGGCCUUAGAGACACUAAAGGUGUUGCACGUUAACCCACAACUGUCAGAUGAAUCUUCAAGGGUGAAAGAAAAGAUUGCACAUUGUGUGACAAUAGCUGAUGCUAUGUGCCAGACUGGCAUAAAAGGAGCGUCAAACUUUUCCCAUUUGCUCAGUGUUGCAAUUGAAAUCUUGCUUCAGUUAUGUGAUGACCAGCAUUCUGAUGUACGUAUGAUCGCAGAUGAAAGCCUCAACAGGAUUAUUAGGGCUAUGGCUGAUAGCAAUAUUGUUAAGAUCCAAGUUGAACUUCAUAAAGAAAUAAAGAAGAACAGCAAUCCUCGGAGUUUGAGAGCAGCAUUAUGGAGGUUUGCGGAAUUGUGUCAUAUGAUCAGGCCACAGAAGGGAAAACCCUAUGUGCUGAAUCUGGUGCCAUGCAUCAUUGCUGUUGCUCAACGAACUGAAGAAUCUGUGCUGGAAACACUUGCCUUAGCAAUGCCAAAGAUAUUCAAGCCUCUGGGGAAUUUCACCACAGAUAAUGAUAUUAAGAACCUUCUGAAGGCAUUUCUACACAACUUGUCAUCCAACUCUGCAGUCGUCCGCCGAACAGCAGCUGCCAGCAUACUAGCACUGUGUGUAUAUUGCAGAAAGCCACAUGUCUUCCUCUCAUAUACUUUGAAUAUUUUGAUGGAUUGUUUGGUGCCUGUGCGUGAGAUGCAACCAGUGCCCACUAUACUUGGUGUUUUGGGUUGCCUUCGAUCUAUUCUUCCACAUAUGGUUUUGAAGGAGGCAGCUGAGGACGAAAUGAGAGGCAGUUUCGGUGUCAGAUGUCGUACACACGAGACACCGAUUUCAAUUGAUAGAAUGAUACAGGUGUAUGAACUUUGCCUGCAUUACACAAACCACACAGACCAUAAUGUCAUUAAUGGUGCUCUUGAAACACUUCAUCAGUUGCUGCAGGAUCCACCACAUGAUUUGCUUGCCAUUUUGCUUUCCUCUGAAGGCAUACGACGGAGCCACAUACAGCCGAGUGAGUCUCUCGAGAAGCUGUCUCGCCGUUCCUUGAGCCAAAUGAGUGUUGCACCAUCAAUUACUCACGGGGAUAUGUCACUCUUGGAUAAUGAGACAGAUGUCCCUGACCUGAAGCUUCCAUCCAUUGAGAAAUGGAUUGGGGAAGCUAGAGCAGCUAUGGAAGCAGCAGGGAAGUUAUCACCACAGCACAUUUCUCAUGGAAAUGAAACAUUUGAAACGUCAAAUGCCCAAGAAGAAGAAACUGAAGACAACAGCUUCAUCCAGACAGAAGAAACUACACGUGGCUAUUCAAACAUGAAGAUUGGUAAAAUAAAUGAUGACAUUGACACAUGUAGUGAGGCGUCAUUUCCUGCAGCUCCUAAUCGACCACCUGUGGUGCAGCUGCAGUCAUCAGUACAAAGUGAAGAGUCACAGGAAGAAUCAAUGCUGUAUAGUGGGUCUCCAUCACCAACUGCCAAUCAGAUAGAUGUUCCGUUUCAGGACUGUGAUGUAGGGAGCUUCACUGACAGUGACAUUCCACUUAUUUACUGUGCUCGUCACCUCGCAGCUUCCUUCCUGUUGACGGGUGUGACAGGGCAUACAAUGCCGGACAAGAGUGUAAGGGUCAGUGUUAAAGCAUUAGCACUCAGCUGUAUCUCCAGCAUUGUGCGCUUGGCACCAGAUAUUAUCCUGCUACCUGUUGACAAAGUGAAGCAACUUUCAGAAGGAGCACAGCCUUUGACUGAUGUCUUGCUUUUUUCUGACCAUGUUGAUCCUCAAUUAAGAGGUGUUACAAAUCUAAUUGUGGGAAAUUUUAUGAGAUCAAUUUUGACAAAACAUACGAAAAGUUUUGGAGAUGUAAUGAAAGACAGCAAAGCGCCAAAGAACAUCAUUCUCCCGUAUUUAAUAACAUUGCUGAUAAAGGGGCUACAGGAUGAAUCUUCAAUUUGUUGUCGUCACACUUUGACUGCCAUUGGCCAUUGUCUGAACCCUCUUCUGGAAAGUGUUAACAGUGUCGAUUCUAUUCCAAUACUGAAUGCACUUCCUAUAGUUGUGAGGAAUCCCUACUGGCUAGUGAAGGUUAAACUAAUUGAGGUGGUUAGUGAAUUACCAUUUAAUACAAUCCAUUAUCUUACACAGACUAUGGAGUUCCAGGAAAAUGUUUUGUAUCACAUAGUGCUUAUUCUUCUCGGCGAUGAGGAUGCUCGCGUGAGGCGAGCUUCAUCUGAUGGCAUAGUGAGCAUAAUUGACAAGCUGUACUUCCCAGUGGAUUACCCUCAUCAAGAUACAGUGACAGCAAAAGGAGCCUAUUACAGCAAUUGCUAUAUGAGCCAGUUGCUUGUUACAAUGCCAGAAAUGUCAAACCACUCACUGCCAUACCGGUCUGUCAUUAACAGCAUUCCAGCACCUUUCAACCUCUACCCUUGCACAGCUGCAUCUGACAGAGUGGUCGAAUCAUCACUUUCGCGGAUGAUAAGCCUGCUUUGCAAGAGCUUAAUCCUUUCUUCAAAAUUCCUAUCGUAUGGAUGCUGUGAAGCUUUGAGCCAGCUGUCAGCUCGUUUCCCAACAACGGCUUACCCUCGUGCUUGGAACUGUUGUUUUCUGGGCAAGACAAAUUCCAAAAGAGGAAACCUUAAAAGAAGUCAAAGUCAGUCGGAUGGCACAGUUGUAGCAGGUCCGUUAACGCUAAGUUCAGCAGGUGGCCUUUUGGCCACAAGUCUGUCACUUUUAACAGCUUCGGCGCUAUCUCUGGACAUCAGUUGUCAGACAUGGCUGGUUCAACUUGCUGGAAAUCUAUUUUCUGGUUUGUCAGUUUACUGCCUACGACCAGCUGAAAUAGUAACUCCAGCUGAAACUGAACAGCAUAAAACUUUAUGGGCUGUUCUUCGAGACAGACAGUUGGCAGUGAUGAGUGAACAGUUGUUGAUACAUGUAACACGAGUGCUAAAUGUGUUUGUACAUGUCCUGGAAGAGACAGUCCCUAGCGCUCCAGCUCCGAGACCAGCAUUACCUUCUUUGCCAACUGCACCGUCUCUUUCUCCAAUCAAGCGAAGAGGCAGAGAUACUGAGGUCUUACGUACUCGUGGGCUGUCACCUUCCAAAGGUUCCCAUGAGAAAGAGGAUAAAGUUGAUGAAAAGAAGACAAACCGUGGAACACCCAUUGGAUUAUUUGCCAGCAGUGCUCAUUAUAUGAAAUUGUAUGAUGCUGUUAAAAGUGCAUAUACAAAUUACAAGAUCACUUUGGACUCUGGGGCAAGUCAGAAGUUUGUCUGCUUACUUAAUGCAACACUAGAAACUCUUUCACAACUUCUGGAGAUAGCAACUUUGCAUGAAGGAGGAAGGCUAGCAGAAGAAAUUCUUUCAUACCUACGUCUAACAGUGAUUAUAGCUCCCACUGCAACUGUUAAAUGUGUUCAACAGCUACUGAAAUGCCUGUUUGGUACAAAUCUAAGCGCACAAUGGGAGGAUGCAGAUGAGAAGAAAUUUUCUUCAGCACCUGUUGGCUCUCAGGUUCCUGUCUCAUCUGAUGGAUUUUACAGUACAUGUUUUCAAGCAGCGUACCGUUGCCUUACAGAUAAUAUUGCAUCCCCUUGCACAAAGACAGACAAGGACGAAGUGUCUACGUGGAUGAAUUAUAUGAGGAGGAGAAAUGACCGGAAAGCUCCAUUCCUACAGAAAAAUUUCACGAGGGGUUCUGACAAGGAUUCACUGGCUGCUUACAUCCGCUUGUUUGAGCCAAUGGUAAUCAAGGCACUGAAGCAAUACACUGUGACAAGUGAUGUGCAGCUUCAGUGUCGUGUUCUUCUUUUGCUAAGCCAGUUGGUUCAAUUACGGGUCAAUUAUUGCUUACUUGAUUCAGAUCAAAUUUUCAUUGAAUUUGUUCUGAAGCAAUUCGAGUUCAUUGAAGAAGGUCAGAUACCGUUGGCAGAAGAUCUCAUUCCGAGAAUAUUUUAUUUUCUGGUGCAUCUUUCGUAUGAAAAGCAUCAUUCAAAAAGUAUAAUAAGUGUUCCCAAAGUUAUACAGUUGUGUGAUGGGUUGAUGGCGAGCGGUCAGCCACCUGCUACCCACUGUAUACCAGCAUUAACACCUGUGGUAGAAGAUAUUUUCCUUCUGCGUGGCAGUAGUGGUGGUGCAGAUCUGCGGGAAUUAGAUACACAGCGUGAAGUUCUGGUUUCAAUGUUGCUUCGUUUGGUAGAAUACCACCAGGUGCUGGAGCUGCUGGCUUUGGUGCUAAGCGAGCGUGAGAGUGAGGAGCGCUGGCGGCGCUGGUCGCGCCAGGUGGUGGAUGCGGUACUGCCGCUCCUCGCCAGUGGCCGCAUCCGGCUCGAGUCCCGUGAGGCACAGCAGGCGCUCAACCGCGUCCUGGGAGCUGCCGCACCCAGUGUGCUGCGCCCCGCCGACCCCCUCCUGCGCUCGCUUUUUGCACCGUUCCCGAACCCGAACGGCUCCCUGGUAGCAGUGCAGCGGUGGCUGGGUGGGGUGUUGGCACUGGUGUUGCUGCUGCUGUCCCACGGUAAGGAAGAUGCUGUCCUGGCCCGGCUGGAGGAACUGCAGCUGGCACCCCCUCCGUCAUCGCCUUGUGAUCCCUUGAAUGCUGCUGCUACAACUGCAUCUUGUGGGAUGGGUCCAGACCAGGCUGUUGCCAGGUUCGUACUCAGAGUUAUUAGUGUGGUUGGCAAACGGAUUCAUAAAGAAGCCUUCAGUCCAGCAGCUGACCCUGCCUGGGAUUACCUACAGGAGCAGUUUGCUCACUUCCUAUUGUACUGUAUAUACAUGUUUGAAUCAGGUAGCUACUGUAAGGUUGCCACAGCAGCCAUGGAGAUGGUGCAAGUGAGUCCAACUGACAGCCUGGUCGGGAACAUGAAUAAGAUAUUUUUGGAACUCGCUGCUCGCUGUCCGCUAUUAACGUUCUUGUGGUGCUACCUUUUAAUUCUUCUUGGUUACUGUGAUCGCAGUUUCUGGGCCAGCAUUCUUCGUACAAAGCCAGUUCCUUUACUGAUGGAUGAAGGGCCAGUUGAAACUGAAAGCUGUGGCCCAUCCUCUUGUGUUAACUUGGAAGUAGUGAGGAAGGGUGGUACUAUCCUGUACUGUGACUUUGUGUGUGAGAACUUGAGUGAUGCCGAGCAGUUGACCUGGUUGCUGGUGAACCAUAUGGAGCAUGUUAUCCAGCUGUCGACGGAGCCACCAGUGCAGGAGUUGAUAGCAGCCGUCCACCGCCACAGCACGGCCAGCGGGCUGCUUGUACAUGCCGUUGGAUCCCGUUGUCAAGAUAUGCGACAGCCAAGCCAAGUGUCGCGGCUCUUGCACUGCCUGGAGGGAGUGCACCCUUCACAGAGUGGUCCGCUACUGCAGCUGCUGGCGACGAAGCUGCUGUCCCUGCCACAGCUCGCACUGGCGAGGCAGGCUGCGUCACUGGCUGCCCGCCGUGCCGAAGUGCUGCUGGCUCUGGGCCGGGAGCAGGCACAAGCACAGCUGGCGGCGGAGGAGCUGCAGGCGCUGCUGGCGGAGCUGCAGCACCAUCGCAGGCAUAGUGGUCUCAUAAGUGUGUUAAACAAGUUGGCUUCUGAGUGCUACAAUUUACAGUCAUCUGAAUUUGAUUCUGGAACAGACAUUGUCCCAUCAAGUAUUCGUAGCAUUGUUGUUGACAAGAACUGGUUUCUGGCUCAAGUUAAAAACAGAUGCUCUCAGGGCUGUUUGUCUGGACGUGACUCAGCCCGCCUUCUUAGCAAGCUCCAGUAUGAGGACGUACUGCUGGUGCUGAGCUGCAAAGAAGUCAGUCCAAAAAUUUUGCAGCACUGCAUACGGUUGGGUACACAGCUGACUCUCCAGGCUUACCAAGAUGCUGGAGUUCCCCAGGCAAGUUACAGUGAUCCAGCAACAUGCAUAGAACUUCAGGAGAAAAUGCAGGAGUUGGAAAGCCCCUUGUAUGCUGCCUCUCGAGCUGUGUUGUUGCAGCAUGUUGCCCAUAUCAAGAGCCUUCUGCCUCGCCCGCACCAGGUAUUUAACCCUGAAGGCAGAAGUCCUUUGCCCAGGGAAGUGAAGUACACAUCUCGUCUUUCAGAUCUUCUGUCUGAUUCUAAAUUCUGGGACCUGAUAUUUGAAUUGGCUCCUGGAGUUACCUGCUACCUGCAGUCUCUGCCGAAGCUUGCUCUGGGUUCAUGGCCAUCUGUGCCUCAGCAGGACUGUGAGCCACUUGCAAAAUUUGGUGUUAUUUGUCUCGAGGCUAUUAAUUGGCUGAUUACUACAAAGGCUGGAAGAAGUUUCAUCUUGCCCCAACACCUAGAGGCCUCUUUAAACUGUGCUGCUUCUGUAAUACAAGAUACCAAUCUUUCAGCAGUGUUGGGCCAGACUCAACAUGGCAGUUGGGUUGCCUCUGCUGUCAGUGCUUUGGUCCAUUGCACUUUACAUGUGCUUGAAGGAUGUCAAUUACCUCAGCUCCCUAGAAGCCAAGCACUUGGUCCUGCUCUGGGAGAUCCAGACAUGCUUAGUAUUGGCCAUGCUUGUUGUCAGAUGGCUACAAUGGUAUUCUGGCUUGAGCACUGCCAUCUUGAUGCCAUUAAAAUUGUCCCUGAAUUUCUUCUCAAACCUAUAAUGAAACUGAUAGUGUGUUUAUCGCGCAUGCCCCUAAUCAACUCGUACGUUAUCACACCACCGGAUGUCUGGCGACAUGGAUGGCAAGUGGAACUGAAUGGACCAGCAAAGACUCAUGUCCCACCAAUCCCUGUGGAGUACCUUCAGGAUAUUGAUUUGUUGCAGCAGCUAAUUUUCCGUGUUACGCUUCUGGGUUGGAUCAAUCGCCAGCAGUUUGAAGAAACGUGGGUCGCUCUCUUAAGUGUUUUAAGCAUGAGCCCGUCUGAAAAUACUGGACCUGAAGAGUCAGCAGUCAUGAUCCAGGCCAGCAGUCUUGCUGUGCAAGCCAUCACGUCUCUUCUUGUGCAAACAUUAAUGUUGCCCAUGCCUGGUAAUCCAUGUUGUAGCACCCUUGUUCAUCAACCUCGAGAACGUGCUUUGAAGGAUUUGAGCUUUUAUCAGAAGUUAAAAGCCAUCCAUGAAUUGCUUUGCUGGAGACUUCAGGAUCAUCAUUUGAUUGGUCCGUGUUUGAAGCUUGAUCAUGUUUUCAACCGGGGCAAUAUGGAGAGGUUGAACAAUCGGCACAGGUAUGGCUAUAGUCAAGUUUCCAUAGAAUAUCUUUGGACUGCAACAAGGAUAUUAGAAGAAAAUGCUACUUCUGUGGAACAAAAUAAAGGAACAGUAUCUACAAAAUGUCUUGAACGAGAGCAGUGCUUAGCAGCAAGUGGCCUUGAUCUUACAUCUUGCCUACAUUUUCUUCUUGACCUGUAUACACAGUGGACAGCUCCGCAAUCUGGAACUGCAUUAAGGCUGAUCGGAGAAGCUGUAAGGUCAUCGUUGUGCCUCUCAGAUCUGUUCACUGAACGAGCUCAGUUCCAAUGGCUGUUAGCAACGUUUCUUGAACUGGCACGUACACAUCCUCUUGAGGAUGAUCUACUUCACCAGGCAGUUGUCAUCGGUGUCUGCAAGGCUGCAGCUGUUAUUGGAACAGAUGCUGAAGUCUGUGAGCGAGUGAAGAAGUUAGUUGAAACUGCACUGAAAAGUGCAUUUCUACCAUCCCGCAUCGCAGCUCUUCACGGAGUGCUAUAUCUUCUCCAGGCAAACUAUUUGAAGGGAGGAACAGCAGAAGAUGCUGUACAUGUACUUCCACUGGCAAUAGAAUACAUACAAAAACACAUAUGCAGCAACGACAGCAUGAGCAGUCAGAGUAAAGAACACCAGCUUGUAAUGUGGGCCCUUGUGUUUUACCUGCUGGAGACAGUGGAGGAAACGAUGGCCGAGACGGAAGUAGCACCAGCAGUUCUGCAGUUGGUACUCACUCUUGCUGCAACAAACAACGUACCUUCGUUGCUGCAUGUUGCCUUGUUACAGGGCCUUGAGAGGUUGGUGGUAUCCAGAGCAGUGACAGGGAAAAUAAGUGAACAAGUAACAAAAUUAGCUGUGGAGAGGCUGCAUCACUCCAAUCCCAGAAUUUCUCUGCCAGCUUUGCAGCUUCUACUGUCCUGCAUGUAUACAUAUAAGUAUGAUCGCCAGGAACUGGGAAAGGAUACAACCUCAAGCCAAACUAAUAAGGACAGUGAUCCAGAAUUGUUAAUUCAAGCAAUGGAGAAAACAUCAGCCCUCUUUGACAGGAUUAAAAAGGGUUAUCCAUUUGAAGUUGAGCUUCUCUGUGGUGUUCUUCCAAAUUUACUUACAGACUUCUUCCCACCAUCAGAAAUACUGACAAAAGUUGUUGGUGAAUUUCUGUCACCUCAGCAACCUCAUCCACAGCUUCUUGCUGCAGUUGUCUUCCAGGUGUUUGAAAGUGCAUGUCAGCAGUCACAACUGCCAUUACUGCAAGAGUGGGUCGUGCUCAGUUUGUCUAAUUUUACUCAGUGUUCACUAGUAGGUAUGGCAACAUGGUGCCUCACAUGUUUCUUCAUCAGUGCUUCAACAAAUCCGUGGCUCCGAGCUCUGUUUCCACAUGUUCAGUCACGCAUUGGAAAAUGUGAAUACGAAGACAGGAAGUUACUGUGUGUAGCAGCCGUAGAUUUUUAUCGGCAGCUUAAGGACGAUAAACAGAAGGAGACAUUUGUUUCGACAUUCCAGGCUGCAGCGCCACAGUCCCAGGCACCAUUUUCGGAUAUUAUAGCAUGUUUAUAAUCGGAAUCCUGCUUAACAGUAGAGAUGUAUUUCAUUUUAUUGUGUUUCUUAAGAAAAACAUGUGAGGUGCAUUGCAGCUGCUUACUCCCUAUGUAAUGCAUUUAGUCAAAUUCAAAUGCAGUCAGUUGCAUUACAUUGGUAUGUGCAAUACUUGUCAAUAAUUUUUACUGUUACAAAAGUCAUAUGUGUACUAAUGAUCUCUGUUAGAAUGGCUGUGUGUGUUUGUUCAGGUGGGCUUAAAUAUUUAGAGAAGGGUAAUCUUUAGUACCUGUUACUUUUUUAUUUUGUUUUUAAUAAUAAUCAAACUCUGAGGGGAAAGAAACAGAUACCAACCUGCAGUUUAAUACUAUUGAAGUUUGCCAGAGUCUCUUCAAAAUGUAUUGAGAUAGCCUUCUCUAACUUUUAUUUCUUUUGGACGUGUUUGUAAAGAAUUGUUAAAUACAAAUCAGGUGAACUCAUUUAGAGACCACUUUAUAUUACUGAGAAUUAUGUGUAUGUGUUACUUGAAUAACAGAGUAUGUGUAUGUCUGUAAAUAAUGAGAUUUAUGUAUUCAGGUCGUGAAAUAAUUUAUGGUACAAAUGCUGAAUUCCAUACUUGUUAUAAAUUAUACCAAACUGAUUUGUUGAUAUUAAAAAAAGAUUUUUAAAUAAAUGUUGGUAGUAAGUCAACCUUGUACAGUUCACAAUUAUUUAUUUAUUGGAAACAAUGUUCCUUGGUUGAUAUUUGUGGUAAAUCAUAAAAAUAUUUUAUUUAAGGUACUGGUACUGCUGCAUGCCGUGUCAAUGUAGUCUUAUCCCACUAUACAGUUACUGAUGUACAUAAAAUAAAUUAUGUAUUAAUGUUA